AAUCGCUUAUCGUCUCUAUGGCUCAUUGUCGCUCCCUCACACCGAGUCAAUGGCUUUGCUCUUAUUGGGAUGCGUCAUAGGACUGAUAAUAGACUAGUGACCUCAGCUCCCAACCGUAUAUUCGGGCGGAUCAACAGAUCUCUCCGCGCAAACGCAAAGCGAGAUUCAUUACUGCAAUGAUUAAAUUCCGUCUUGACCCUUCAAAACUUAUAAUCAUCUAUCAUGGUUGCUGAAUCUGACAUGGUCUUUCGCUUUGUCAAUGUGAACGACACCAGCGCCGACAUGCGGUCAUUUCGAGUGUAUCAGGUGAUAGGAACAGCAGCACGCGAGGAAUUGGAACUAUACAAGUUUUCACAUUCAAUGACCGGUUCUCCUGGAGGAACCACAACUUAUCAGCGGAAAAAUAUGAACAGUUUGAUCUUUGAGACUGUUGGACAGAUCAGCUGGAGCUCAAACGUUAUAGCCUCCGCCGUGCAUUUUGGUUUGGAGGAGGUUUCUGUCAAGGAUCUCCGCAAGGUCAAAAAUGCGACCAGCCAUUCACGCAGAUUUAAAUCCGGUGUCGGUGCCGGAUAUAAGUGGAAGAUAUCUGAGAAUAGGACUGACUUAUACUGUAUCGAUUCGCAAGACAAAUACAUUGCAUCGUGGUCAAACCACGAGAGGAUCCUACGAGUGACCCCACGCGCCAGCGCAAUGUUAGAUCGGCUGGUGGUGACUUGCUUCCUGAAUGUGUGGUUCAAGCAACUUGGGCGGUGGUAACGAGGUCGUCAACCAUUUUUAGUACACUGAAAUACCUCCAUUACUACUCGCCUCU